AUGAAGGAAGGCCAAAGGUUAACACCUGAUGGAUUUAAAGCGUUAAGUAAAAUUAUUGAUAAUCAGUCUAUAUUAAAUGAAGAAAUUUUACCAGUUUUAGUGACUAUUUCAAAUAGUAAACGAGUUAUACCUGAUUAUUUAAUUGAGAAAUUAGUAGUAAGAUUUAACCCUAAACGUGUACAUAGUCAGUUAAUUAAGAUAUUAGAAAACGAACUUUUAUUAAAAUUAGAACAGGCACUAGAAAAUAAACUUAUUUCGGAUCAAGUAUUAUUAAUUUUCGUUUUUCAGGGACAAAAACGUGAGAAACUAUCAAGAAAUAUUAUAAUUAAAAUAGUAGAUAAAUUUUUAACUAUAGAGAAUCAAUUAAUUAUGCAACAAUACUUAUCUGUCAUUUCUUCGGUCAUUCAAAAAAAAGAUAUUUUUGAAUAUGAAUAUUCUACUCGAAUACGUGAUCGGCUUUCUAGUACUAGCUCAGUCUUAGUUUCUCAUGUUCAAAAAGCUUUAAUUUAUGCUCUUGAAAAAGGAAAUCAAGAUAUUGUUAGCAAAAGUGGCAGUGAAUUUAGGACACUUAUUUCACUUCAUAAAGUUAAACUUGAGAAGGACAGCAUACGUGCACUGUUAAAUCUAACAACAAGUGCUAUUUUUUGUGAUGAAAAUCUAAAAUAA